AUGACUUUUAAUUUAGAAAAUGUUUGUUCACAGGCGGAUUGGCUCUCGGUCGGCGUAAGAGCCGGGGCGGAGCGGGGGCCGCGGGCGGCUCGCCGAGUUGACGUCAUGCUCAACGACUCCAACUCAACAGCCAACCUCUCAGACCUGGCGCUCGACCCCGACCUCCCAGAAAGCCCCUACAGCCUGGCCCAAACGAUCGUCAUCGCCAUCAUCGGUAGCGUCCUCUCCGUUCUCACCGUCGUGGGUAACUCGAUGGUCAUGAUAAGCAUCAAGAUCGACAAGCAACUGCAAACGAUCAGCAACUAUUUUCUCUUCUCACUCGCGGUCGCAGACUUCGCUGUCGGCUUGAUAUCCAUGCCGCUCUUCACAAUGUUUACAAUAUUCGGGUAUUGGCCACUCGGGCCGCAUGUAUGCGACACUUGGUUGGCACUCGACUAUCUAGCCUCAAACGCUUCGGUGUUGAAUCUGCUCAUUAUAAGUUUCGAUAGAUACUUCAGUGUGACUCGCCCGUUGACCUACAGGGCUAAAAGGACUACUCGCCGUGCGAAAGUUAUGAUAGGUGGUGCGUGGGGUUUUAGUUUAGUGUUGUGGCCUCCUUGGAUUUAUGCGUGGCCGUACAUUGAUGGUGAGCGAAAGGUCCCCCCACACGAGUGCUACAUUCAGUUCAUAGAGACAAACCAGUUUAUUACCUUCGGGACCGCUAUCGCGGCAUUCUACGUGCCAGUGACAGUGAUGUGUAUAUUGUAUUACAAGAUAUGGAGGGAAACGAAGAAAAGGCAAAAGGACCUGCCUAAUCUACAGGGCGGGAAAAAACACGAUUCCUCGAAAAGAUCUAAUUCAAGGUGGGUGUUCAUUUUUAUUAUAUUGAGCAUUAUUUUAAUCUUAUUUUAA